UGUGUGUGUGAGUGGGUGAUGCGAAAACCUACCGAAUGAAAAUGUUCACCAGCCGCAGUUUAACGACAGCAGCGCCGGAAGUGAACAUCAUUGGGGCUGCCACGCUGCGUCUAUCCGGACCGGUUCAAUCCACCCUGAACGGUACGCUGGCGACCGUUGCGUCGGCGAUAACGUCGGUGGCCGACUCAUCCACGCUCACCUCGUUCACCAUGGCACCGUCGUCCGGAGGAGGGCCGGUGACGGAUGGUACCGGUGGCGUCUGGAAUGAAACGGCCGACCAGCCCGGAACGGGCAGUGCGGUCAACGUGACCGAAUCCACCGCGUCAACAAUCGUAGAACCAUCCGAUCGGCUCGUCGAGCUGACGGUACUGUGCUUGAAGAGUCUUAUCUUCGGAUCGAUCAUCAUCGGGGCUGUGCUAGGCAAUGCACUCGUUAUUAUUUCGGUGCACAAAAAUAGAAAGUUAAGAGUAAUCACUAACUACUUUGUAGUAUCAUUAGCAAUGGCGGACAUGCUGGUAGCACUCUGUGCGAUGACAUUCAACGCAUCGGUGGAGCUGUCAGGAAGGUGGCUGUUCGGACCGUUCAUGUGCGACGUGUGGAACAGCCUGGACGUUUACUUCUCGACGGCGAGCAUACUUCACCUUUGCUGCAUAUCGGUCGACCGGUACUUUGCCAUCGUACGUCCGCUCGAGUAUCCUCUGUACAUGACGCAACGGACGGUGUUCUUCAUGUUGGCGAAUGUUUGGGUGCUACCGGCACUGAUAUCCUUUACGCCCAUAUUUCUCGGCUGGUACACAACCGCGGAGCAUCUGGCCACGCUGAAGAUUAAGCCGGACCUGUGUAUAUUCGUUGUAAAUAAAUCCUACGCAAUCAUUUCCAGCUCGAUCAGCUUCUGGAUACCAGGCAUCGUGAUGAUAACGAUGUACUAUCGCAUCUACAAAGAAGCGGUACGCCAGCGGAAAGCACUGAGCCGCACCAGUUCAAACAUACUGCUAAACAGUGUGCAGAUCAACAACGCAUCCAACACGCUGCAUGCGAACCAUCAUCACAAUCAUCACCACCAGCAUCAUCGGAAUCAUCAUUUGCGUGCGAGCGACUGCGAUCUCGGCAUCGACAUUAAAGACAUCCAGCACGAUACACACAGCGAGCUGAGCGAUCUUGACUUACAGGUGCCAAUAGUGCCAACGGUCGUUACCAACACAGACGACGACUUUCUCGUUCCGUCCUCGCCACCGCGCCGCCUGAGUCGUAGCAGCAUCGAUCUUCGCGAUCUAGAAUACAAGAAUGAGAGCAAAAUCAAAAGCUCCGACAGUGUAUCAUCCAUCUUUCCGCUGCAUUAUGAAAACAAUCUGCGCUACUCGGGCUCCGAACCAAUACACAUAAAAGACGCACAACAGCAGCAGCAGCAACAGCAUAAUGAUCAUCAGCAGCGUCGUGCUUCACGUAAGGAUAGUUUUCGCCAGAUCAAUUUCUUCCAACCAUUCUUCUCGCGCAACAGUCUGCUGAAGACUUACAUAAAGGGUGCAGCUGGCAGUGGUGGUGUGGGUGCCACCACCACAGCUGGAGCAGGCACUGGAAGUAGUACGGCAAUAGCUGCCAAUAGUCUGAACAACAGCAACCUAAACCGGUCGGCCGAGCGGAAUAACAAAAACAAUGACAACCGCUCAAACAACAACAUCCUCGAUCUGAUCAAUGUGGCCUCCUCCCUCAACAAGGACUCAGAGAAAGAGGUAAACACCCACAAACGCCAUCAGAUAGCCGCCAGCGAGUCCGACUUUCUCACUAUGAUCGAAAAGCAGCGGCAGAAACUGGGCAAGAACACCAACAGCCUGAAAAACUGUAACAAAGACGAAAAGGAGCUUAUAUACGCACUGAGUGAUUCGGACUUUAGUGCCGCGUUGCAAAAGCAGGAUGAAGGUGUCGCUAGACGAUGCUUCAAGAAUUUGGUCAGCAAUGAGGUUGGCAAGGAAGGUAUUUUUAAAAUUGUGCUUAACAGUGAAGGAAACGGCACGGGUGAAGGUGGUGCACCACCGACAGUGAUUGGUGCAGGCGGAGGCGAUGGCGGAGGAACGAUGGAUACGCCCGACAUUUUGAUUGGAUGUUUCGAUCACGGCUUCACGGGAUCACGGCCUACACUGAAUAUUCCCACAGUAAAGGAGCUCGUCGCAGAUGAGAGCGCACUCAUUAAAACGUCCAGCCUGAAGGUCCAGGUACCGUCAAGCGGUUCAUCCGAAGCUAUGGAAGGCACAAAAGUGAUCGAUCUCAUAUCGACGAUCAACGGCACAGCAGGUGAGGAGUUACGAUCACCGAAAGCUUCGCUACAAAGCCGCUCAUCUGCAGUAGACAAUCAACUAUCGGCGACCCUAAAUGUGUCGUUGAAUGCGCGUUGCAGUCCGGUUAACAUUCAGCUUAGUGAGGCGUCCACCAUCUCGCUCGAUCUUGUUGCAACGAGUCCGAAAGAAAAGCUUCCGAAGGUUCCUACUUCGGCUCCAGCAACCGUCACCACGAUCGACAUUGCGAGCGAGAUGAUGAUGCUGACGGACAAUCCGGACAUUGUGAUCGACAACAGCCAUACGGGCGCAACGGUUUCGCCCACAUCACGUACCGUUACACCGUCGCGUGCACCAUCGAUCAUGACGCCCUCACCGCAACAUCCUCGGCUAGGACGGAAACGGCAGUCAUCGACCGUGACGUACAACAUUAACGUUAUCAACUUCCAGGCGGGUGAUAAUCCUGACGAUGACUCCAGCUAUCAACUUAAUAAUCGAAAUGGUAGUGGAGCGUACGGUGGAGGUGGAGCGGCUACGGUGGGUGGACGAUCAAACAGCUCAACGAACUCCAGUCAAAAACAUCAGCGCCGUGGCGCCAUUUGCAUUGUGAUCAACAACGACAAUGUGGUGCACGCGAACGAUACCGACACGGACCUGGACGACGAUGGGUGUGCCGGUGGUAUGUGCGGGCCCGACUGUGACGGUACCGGAAGCCGUAGCCAUACCAACCAACACUACCAGCAUCCGCACCAUCAGCAGCACCAACAGCAACAGCAGCGGUACGCGAACCAGCCAAGCUGUUGCUAUCCGGCCGGUCACCAGGACGAUGGUUCCGGGGCGGCCUCCUGCCGGCACCACAAGUUCCGCAAGAUCAAAUGCCUGUGGAACCAUCUGAAGCGGUACGGGUUGCGUCGGGCCCCGUCCGUGCAUGUGUCCUGCGGCGGAGGGUGCGAGUUCGUUCCGCCCUCUCCCACCGUCUCCACCAGUGCCGGCGCAGGAAAUCGGCUGACCGUGCCCAGCCCCGUACCGCCCGGCUGCCGGCAAUCCCGCUGUUCCAGCGUCGGAUGUGGAGAAGGUGGCACCUCGACCCGUCCUGCGAAGGGUUGGCGAGCGGAGCAUAAGGCGGCACGGACGCUCGGAAUCAUCAUGGGAGUGUUUCUGCUCUGCUGGCUUCCGUUCUUUCUGUGGUACGUCAUCACAUCGCUCUGCGGCGACGAAGCCUGUCCUUGUCCGGAUGUUGUCAUCACCGUACUAUUCUGGAUCGGGUACUUCAACUCGACCCUCAAUCCGCUCAUCUACGCUUACUUCAACCGAGACUUCCGGGAAGCGUUCCGGAACACGCUCCAAUCCCUGCUGCCCUGCAUUGUCCGACGCAGCCCGUACGGUCACAGCGUGUACUACGUGUAGUAUUAAGUGCAUACCCGUAGGUUAUAUUGUGUCUGUCUCCCCGACUCUCUGU